CCUUGCAGAACAAGGGGUAGGCUGCUGGCUUUGAACACGUGGCAAACAUUUCAGAAAGCUUGAAGAUCAGGUUGGAGAAAGGAACCACUUUUCUUCCAAAUUCAUCAGCUUCAACUCUCAUUCUUAUUGGGAAUGGACAAUGGGAUGUUCUCUGGCUUUAUCAUGAUCAAGAACCUCCUUCUCUUUUGUGUUUCCAUGAACUUGGCCAGUCACCUUGGCUUUUCACAAAUGCCAACCGGUUCAGGGAAAGAUGACAACAUCACCAUCUUCACCAGGAUCCUGGACGGGCUGCUGGACGGCUACGACAACAGGCUGCGGCCGGGGCUCGGAGAGCGAAUCACCCAGGUGAGGACGGACAUCUACGUCACCAGCUUCGGGCCCGUGUCGGACACGGAGAUGGAAUACACCAUCGACGUGUUUUUCCGACAAAGCUGGAAGGACGAGCGGCUGCGCUUCAAGGGGCCCAUGCAGCGCCUCCCGCUCAACAACCUGCUGGCCAGCAAGAUCUGGACGCCGGACACGUUCUUCCACAACGGCAAGAAGUCCAUCGCGCACAACAUGACCACGCCCAACAAGCUGCUGCGGCUGGAGGACGACGGCACGCUGCUCUACACCAUGCGCUUGACUAUCUCUGCAGAGUGUCCAAUGCAACUCGAGGACUUCCCCAUGGACGCCCACGCUUGCCCCCUGAAAUUUGGCAGCUACGCGUACCCUAACUCCGAAGUCGUCUAUGUCUGGACCAACGACACCUCCAAGUCGGUGGUGGUGGCAGAAGAUGGCUCCAGGCUGAACCAGUACCACCUGGUGGGGCAGACGGUGGGCACGGAGAACAUCACCACAAGCACGGGUGAAUACACCAUCAUGACGGCUCAUUUUCACCUGAAGAGGAAGAUCGGGUACUUUGUCAUCCAGACCUACCUUCCCUGCAUCAUGACAGUGAUCUUGUCCCAGGUCUCCUUUUGGCUGAAUCGGGAGUCCGUCCCAGCCAGGACGGUGUUCGGGGUGACCACGGUGCUGACCAUGACGACCCUCAGCAUCAGCGCCCGGAACUCGCUGCCCAAGGUGGCCUACGCCACGGCCAUGGACUGGUUCAUCGCCGUGUGCUACGCCUUCGUGUUCUCCGCGCUGAUCGAGUUUGCCACGGUCAACUACUUCACGAAGAGGGGCUGGGCCUGGGACGGCAAGAAGGCCUUGGAGGCUGCCAAGAUCAAGAAAAAGGAGCGGGAACGCAUAUUGAAUAAGUCAACGAACGCAUACACCACGGGGAAGAUGACCCACCCCCCCAACAUCCCACAGGAGCAGGCCCCGGCAGGGCCCUCCAGGGCCCCCUCGGCCGCAGCAAACCCUUCCGAGGACAAGACCCCUGAAAGCAAAAAGACCUACAACAGCAUCAGCAAGAUCGACAAAAUGUCCCGAAUCGUGUUCCCCGUCCUGUUCGGAACUUUCAACUUGGUUUACUGGGCCACGUAUUUGAAUCGGGAGCCGGUGAUUAAAGGGGCCACCUCUCCAAAUUGACCCGCCUCACCCCAACUCCAAGAGAGCCAUACUCCCGCGGGUGGUACCCAGGAGGGGCUGAGCUCAGGGGGACUUUCCGAACGAGGGCGCCAUCUUUCAGGAAUUUUUUUGCAUGUUUAAUAAUAGGUACAAAUACUAUUGCCUUGAUGUUUCUACAUAUUACGUCAGAUGUUUCAAAAAUGUCACAUUGAUAAACAAAACAAAGAACUUUCUAGAAAACCAGAACGGUUCUGAUACUCAGAUGCUCAGUAUCUGACACUGAGAUAGUUUACAAACAAGAUAAGUCUAUUUUUAACGGUUCCGAGGGUUACCGAACAACAUUUUUAUACUUCCGAUGUCAUUUCAUACAAAGUUUCCCAGCAAAGAACUAUUUUAGGAAAUGCUCACAGUUAUUACUUGACCAACUCUCGCAAGAGACAAAGACCACAAAGAGCACAUUUUUCAUUAAAAAGGAACUGUGAGCCUUUAUGGACAAAAGUCAUCGCCUUUGAUAAUUCUUACUGUUCAGAAAUUAGCGAGUCCUGCAUGACCUCACUUUACAAAAUAGAAUAGGCAAAUAUUUAUGCAGACAAAUUUAAUAACAA